AUGCUCUGGGAUGCUCCUGGGAGAGGCCAACAGACAGUCGCGGACUCGGCAGGCAUCGCGAAACUUGUCGUUUCUAUAAGAGAGCGAGCAGCCUUGCGAGUCAGAGGAGACAAGACCGCGCGAAGGCAGGCGCUUCUUUCCAACAGUCGUUUGGUUCCAACAGCCUCUUCAACAAGCAGCUCCUCAAGAAUCUUGACCACCCGGCAUGCGAGGGACCGUCCAAGUCUGAAACCAAUUGCACCUCGCAGCCUCCUUGGGGCAAUCUCUAUGGCUCACGGGUCAUGUACCAGUGCCUCCUGUCUCGCUGACUCACAACGCACCCUCGACUCGGAGCAGCGACAAAUUGAUGUAGAGAUGGCAAGUGUUUCUGGAACCGUGUUGGAGUAUGAUCACGAGGAUUCAGAGGAAUUCGCACUCCCAAUGAGACGCAUUCCUAGAUCUCUUGAUUGUAUUGAAUCUUCGCACGACGACCUGAAUCAUUCCGAUAGUGCUGGCAUCCCAUCAGUCCGAACGGCUUCACUACCUGCCCAAUCUAGAAUCCGACGCGUUCUCUUAACGCUAAGGGACACCCUCCAGACCGGCUUCAAUUUAUUUGGACUAUGUCGGCUCUACCCUCGCCGUCCUUCUUUUGAGCCAGACCAAUUCAUUCCAUCUUCGCUACUGGCAAGAACGUCUCCCACAGCUAUCCAUGAAGCUGAUCCGAGCCCUUUGUCAAAUGUCUUCGCGCCGCCUUACCCCUUCGCUAACAUGACUAUCUAUCGACUUAUCUCCUGGAUGAAUUCAGGCAGUAGCAGGUUAUCCGAAACCAAGGUCUCGCGUCUGGUCAGAGAUGUCCUACUGGCAGAAGAUUUUGAUCGUAAGGACCUCGAGAACUUCUCAGUGAAGCGAAGCUUGCGAGAACUAGACAAGCAUGAGAGUGGAAGUAGAGUUAAUUUUCCAGACGACUGGAUUCAGACUAGUGUCACUAUCGACAUUCCAACGAAAUCAAAGGAGGAUGGGUCUCAGCCUUAUACCAUCCCCGGAUUUCAUUAUCGCCCUCUUGUUGAAGUCAUACGCGCGGCGUUCGCGGAUGCACAGGCGGGAGCAUUCCAUCUCUUCCCUUUCCAACGGUUAUGGAAAGAUCCUUUAGAUGACCAUCAAGAACGAAUUUAUGACGAGCUGUACACUUCAGAUGCCUGGCUGGACGCUCAGGACAGUAUUCAGAGGAUACCAAAAGAACCUGGGCGUUCACUCGAGCGCGUCAUCGCGGGUCUCAUGUUUUUUUCCGACGCUACUCAUUUGGCAAACUUUGGGACUGCGAAGGCCUGGCCGCUCUACCUAUAUUUUGGUAAUCUCACAAAAUAUGCACGAUCAUCACCCUUAUCAGGGGCAUGCCACCUAGUGGGGUUUUUACCCUCACUUCCCGACGGUGUUAAAGAUGUACUCAAGUGGUGUGGAGGGUGUUUCCCCGCAUCUUCACGUACUCCUGCUGAUUAUCCUGAAAAGGUUUUAAUCGCAACUAUCAAGGACAUGGGCUUAUGCCCGUGUCCUCGCUGCUUGACACCCAAAAUCUCGUUUAGUUUUCUCGGACUCGCGAGGGACAUGAGAAGUCGUAUAAGCAACCUUCAAGUUUAUGUCAUGGCCAAUGUUGUAGAACAUACCCUUGGAGAGGGCUCGUGGAUACCUACUCUGAACCAAUUUGUCGAAAAACUUGGACCUCUAGGCCUCGACCCAUUCUGCAUGCUCGUCGUCGACUUCAUGCACGAGUGCGAACUGGGUACCUGGAAGGCCCUGUUCACACAUCUUAUAAGGCUUCUUUAUGCCCUUCCUCGGGGUAGUGAGCUUGUUGCAGCUCUGGACAGCAGGUUUCGACAGGUCCCAACCUUUGGUCUUGGCGUAAUUCGCAGAUUUUCAAAUAAUACAUCUGAGAUGAAAAGACUGGCAGCUCGUGAUUUUGAAGAUAUCUUACAGUGUGCCAUUCCGGUCUUCGAAGGGUUGUUCCCCGAUGACCAUGAUGCAAUGGUGCAGUCUCUGUUGUAUCAAUUUGCCGAAUGGCAUGCGCUUGCCAAGCUCAGGCUUCACUCUGAGUCUACGGUCAAUUUUCUCGAAGAAACGUUUAAGAAGCUGUCGCAGAAGUUACGGAAGUUUCGAGCCUUUACCUGUGCCGCUUUCAACACCAUCGAAUUACCUAAGGAGAAAGCGGCUCGCCAACGCAAAGCUGCUCAACGCUCAGAAGCAAAUGGUUCUCUUCCACAAUCCAGUGGGCCGAGGAUGAAGAAGUUCAAUUUAGGUACAUAUAAGUUUCAUGCGAUGGGGGACUAUGUGAGAACCAUCAAGCUCUUUGGGACCACAGAUUCCUUCACUACUCAGAUUGGAGAGCUCGCUCACAGAGCGUUAAAGGCAUUUUAUCCGCUCACUAACAAGUUAGACACUCCAGCACAGUUAGCUAAGCACGAGCUCAACAACCAGCCCAUGCUCCCUCAUUGGCAGUCCUAUGACAACUUGAAGCAUCACCAUAUUGCAACUACUCAGAACAACCCGGUCAACCUAUUUUCGUUUCUCCAAUCACACGAUGGUGAUCCGGCCCUUCAGAAUUUUAUACCAAAAUUAAGGGACCAUAUCCUAUAUAGGCUGCAGGAGCUGGAGAUUGGUUAUUGCGAUCACAUUUUCACGGACGAGGAACGGAACUCGAUCAUCAUCCCAAACAACACGAUCUACUCGGUUCAAACAAUGCAAGUACACUACACGACUUAUGACUUACGGCGCGAGCACGACACCAUUAAUCCUAGGACCCAUGGGGACGUUAUGGUGCUUUCCGGGGAGACAAGGCCUAGUCACCCCUACUGGUAUGCUCGCGUAUUGGGCAUAUACCACAUGGUUGUAUGGAUCAACAAUGGGGGCCAACCGGUGAAGCGACACCUCGAAGUUCUAUGGGUUAGAUGGCUGGCAGGCUUGCGAAGCUAUAAGUCUGGGAUGAAACAUGCUCGUCUUCCAAAGAUAGCAUUUGUGGAGGAGUCGGAUCGGGAUGCUUUCGGGUUCCUCGAUCCAGGACAGGUAAUCCGAGGGGCACAUUUAAUUCCUGCGUUCGCCUCAGGACGUGGUGUAAGCUCGCUUCGUCACGGAGAGUCGUUGGCACGCCCUGGGGGGGAGCUGGAUGAUUGGGAGGAGUAUUACGUUGGGAUAUUCGUGGAUCGAGAUAUGUACAUGCGCUAUACUCACUUUGGCGUUGGGCAUUCCGCCAUGCUGCGGAAGAUCAUUAAAGAUUGCCUCGGCUCUCAUUUGGUGCACAGCGGUGAGGGUCAUGACGAAUGCAACGAUGGACAAGAGGGCAGCGAUGACUCCGACGAGGACGAGGAAGAAUAUGACUUGGAUGAUGAGCUUAGCGACGGGGAGCUGGUCGAGGGAGUCGGGGAGGACAACGGUGAAGAGUAUGGAGAUGAACUUGACGACGAGCUUUAUGGUAUCUCCUUCUAG